AUGGGACUCAAGUGUCGAGGGAGGCGUUUCUGUGAGGAGGAGCAGGGGAGAGGAGCAGGGGAGAGGAGCAGGGGAGAGGAGCAGGGGAGAGGAGCAGGGGAGAGGAGCAGGGGAGAGGAGCAGGGGAGAGGAGCAGGGGAGAGGAGCAGGGGAGAGGAGCAGGGGAGAGGAGCAGGGGAGAGGAGCAGGGGAGAGGAGCAGGGGAGAGGAGCAGGGGAGAGGAGCAGGGGAGAGGAGCAGGGGAGAGGAGCAGGGGAGAGGAGCAGGGGAGAGGAGCAGGGGAGAGGAGCAGGGGAGAGGAGCAGGGGAGAGGAGCAGGGGAGAGGAGCAGGGGAGAGGAGCAGGGGAGAGGAGCAGGGGAGAGGAGCAGGGGAGAGGAGCAGGGGAGAGGAGCAGGGGAGAGGAGCAGGGGAGAGGAGCAGGGGAGAGGAGCAGGGGAGAGGAGCAGGGGAGGAGCAGGGGAGAGGAGCAGGGGAGAGGAGCAGGGGAGAGGAGCAGGGGAGAGGAGCAGGGGAGAGGAGCAGGGGAGAGGAGCAGGGGAGAGGAGCAGGGGAGAGGAGCAGGGGAGAGGAGCAGGGGAGAGGAGCAGGGGAGAGGAGCAGGGGAGAGGAGCAGGGGAGAGGAGCAGGGGAGUGUGUGCUGUACAACAUCUUCGAGUGGACCACCUGGAGCUCUGCACGCCUUGCCGUUAUUGGGAUCCCCAACGCCUGCUCCCCUUCCUUUCGCCUCGUGCCCUCUCCACCCUCUACACCUCCCCCCACACAUCUUCCUCCCCGUUUCUUGAGCCCACUCUCACCACCCAGGCAUACCCAACGCAGCAUCGCCAACACGGUGGAUCUACCACAGCGCCUGCUCCCCCUCCCUCUCCUCCUUGUGCCCAUUCCACUCUACAUAUUCCUCCCUUUUCCUCCCACGCAUAUUCGCCAACCCAGCAUCGCCAACACGGUGGACCUCCCGGAGCGCCUACUGCCGCGCAUCGCCAGCCGCAUGGGGCUGCACCGCGUGCCCUUUGCGCCAUACACGCGCCACCAGAUCGAGAUGAUCGUCGCCGCCCGCCUGCACGCAUGCGAGCUCUUUGCACCGAGAGCCAUCGAGCUGGCUGCACGGAAGUUAGCUGGUUCACUUGUGAAAGAUGAGGUCCCCUCUGCGAUGAAAGAUGAGGUCCCCUCUGCGAUGAAAGAUGAGGUCCCCUCUGCGAUGAAAGAUGAGGUCCCCUCUGCGAUGAAAGAUGAGGUCCCCUCUGCGAUGAAAGAUGAGGUCCCCUCUGCGAUGAAAGAUGAGGUCCCCUCGGCGAUGAAAGAUGAGGUCCCCUCUGCGAUGAAAGAUGAGGUCCCCUCUGCGAUGAAAGAUGAGGUCCCCUCUGCGAUGAAAGAUGAGGUCCCCUCUGCGAUGAAAGAUGAGGUCCCCUCUGCGAUGAAAGAUGAGGUCCCCUCUGCGAUGAAAGAUGAGGUCCCCUCUGCGAUGAAAGAUGAGGUCCCCUCUGCGAUGAAAGAUGAGGUCCUGGGAUCAAAAUUCCCUCUGCAGCGUAUUCUGCCAGCCCCCGCUAAAAGGGGUUACACAGGUGCUCAUCUGGGAGUGGAUAGAACAACCUCGUUACCCAGCGAGGUGGCGUCGGUAUCAGGGGACGUGCGGCGGGCGCUGGAGAUCUGCCGCAGGGCCGUGGAGAUCGCCGAGGCAGAAGCCAGGCUGGCAGGGACUGGCCAUGCAGCUGAGACGGGUUGUGCUGUCGUGGCAGGUCAGCCUGACGUGGCAGGUCAACCUGACGUGGCAGGUCAACCUGACGCUGCAGGUCAAUCGGACGUGGCAGGUCAGAGGGGUCCAGGUGGUCAAGCCGGUGAGGCCAUGACUGGUAAAAGGGCGACAGCAGGGCGGAGGGGAGUGAUAGGUGGCGCUGGUGGGAGUGCUGAAGCAGUGCCUGCUGCUGCAGGGAUGGGCACAGAUGGUAUGAUAGCAAGCGGAAAAGGGUCACAGGUGGGGGCAGCGGCGGGAGCUGGUUCGGGAACAGAGUUGGGGGCGAGGACGAGAGCAGGUCUGAGUCUGGCGCCCGCGGCAAGCCUGGUUAGGGAGAGUGCGGUGGGCUGUGAAGGAGGAAGAGUGGAGAGCGGUUUGUCUGUUCUGUUUCAGAGGGCGGGGAGCGGGGAUGUGGCGGGAGGGGAGAGGGAUGCAGCAGGCGGAGUCAAAGGGAAAGAGGAGAAUGGGGUGGGGAAUAGGAAGGUUGGAAGAGGGGGUUCGAGCAGGAAUGAAAGGAGAGGUAAGACACAUGAAGCAGGUGGGGAGGGAGGGAAGGAGGUCAUUGGAGGUGCUAGUGGUGUUGGGGGUGUGAACGGUGGUCACACACGUACAGCCACCCCCUCACGCCAUUUGAGGCCCCUCAGAAAAGGGGUGCGAGGGGCAGAAGAGAGUGCGAGAGGAGUGAAGGGUGAGGUGACGAGGGAAAUAGAAGAGGGACUGAGGGGACGGGCUGAAGGGGCGGAGGGGAGAAAGGAGGAGGUGGAGCCAUCGGCAGUUGAGGUGCAAGCUAGGAAAGUGCGGCAAAACCCGUUGGUGGUACAGAUAGAGCACGUGGAGGCGGCCAUUCGAGAGAUCUUCUCAUCGCCCCACAUCAUGGUGC